GCGGCCGGGCGGAAGCGGCCGCGGCGGCGCUGAGGGAGCGCGGCGGGCGGAGCGGGCAGGAAUUUCAUCUGGCAAACAUGGGUGAACCUCAGCAAGUGAGCGCCCUCCCUCCGCCUCCAAUGCAAUAUAUCAAAGAAUACACUGAUGAAAAUAUCCGUAAAGGGCUGGCUCCAAAGCCCCCUCCGCCUGUCAAGGACAGCUACAUGAUGUUUGGGAACCAGUUCCAGUGUGAUGACCUGAUCAUUCGGCCCCUGGAGAGCCAGGGCAUCGAGCGGCUGCAUCCUAUGCAGUUUGACCACAAGAAGGAGCUAAGGAAACUUAACAUGUCUAUCCUGGUCAACUUCCUGGACCUCUUGGACAUCUUGAUAAGGAGUCCAGGGAGUAUAAAGCGAGAGGAGAAGCUGGAAGACUUGAAGCUGCUUUUUGUCCACGUGCAUCACCUGAUAAACGAGUACCGGCCCCACCAGGCCAGGGAGACGCUGAGGGUGAUGAUGGAGGUGCAGAAGCGGCAGCGCCUGGAGACGGCCGAGCGCUUCCAGAAGCACCUGGAGAGAGUGGUGGAGAUGAUCCAGAACUGCCUGGCGUCCCUGCCCGAUGACCUGCCUCACACAGAGGGCGGGCUGAGGGUCAGCGUGGAGCCCAUGGAUGCUGAUGAUGGCAGCAGCUGCGCUGGGCAGAGCGAAAAGCAGAGGGAGCGUUCUGGGGGCAAGAGAGAUCAAGUUCUGGACAAGGAUGCAGCAAUGUGCAGCAUUAUUGAUGAAAUGACAUGAAGCAAGCAGCUGGUUUUGUUACUGCACCGCAGUGAGAGACAGGAGGGGUUCUGAGGAUACACGUUGUGUUUUGUUUUGCUGUUGUACAAGCAGACAAAGCAUUUGUUGUGCACCUGUUGGAGGUUGUGAGUGACUGGGCAGAUGAAAAUGUUUAAAGUUUUGUGGUUUUUUGGUAAAAAUGAAAAAGUCUAACUUUUGUUAAAUGUAUCAUGUGAGAUGGUAGGCACAGAUUAAAGCUGGCUUUUCCUGUUGUA